ACAAAAAACAUUAUGAAAUAUCUAAGCCCCAUUUGUCAUUUCUCUAUACAAAACAAAUUUAUAUCAUCUCUUUAUUUGUACUUUGAUCAUUCAGCAAUUUCAUGUCCAUAUCUUUCACUCUCACGACUUCUCUAAAAUUCUCUCAUUUUUCUCUUUUUCCUCAAUCUUCGCCAACAUGUUAGGUCUCCAAAAAAAUAGUAAAAACAAGACAUGUUUUAGCAGAUGCUUAGGAUUUUUCUCCUCAAAUAUCGUUCUUCUUUAGUGGUCUCUCCACUUUCUCCUAUGAAUUCAAGAUUACUAUACUACUAGCCUACUACUAUUAGCUUGUGUUCCUUUUUUCCUUUACUUGUAGUUGGAAAAGGCAUGAGUACCAAUAAACAUUUUAUGCUCAAAAGCCACUUUAAUAAAAUGUUUUUGAGUCAAUUUAUGUACACAACAAUAACUUGGUGUGUCAAUUCCCUAUGGAGUUUCUUUUCUAGCUUCAUGUUCAAGAUUUUCUUUCUCUUGGAGAAAUACAUAGACAGCAGGAUGGUGGAGGGUGAUUAUAAGAAGAAUGAUUCAGAUUUUAGUGCCAUUCAAUUGGAAUGCAAAAGUGACAAAAGUUUAGAAUUUGAUGAGAAGGGUUUUGAAACAGAGAGCUCUGUUUUUGUACAGAGUAAGUUUCAAUACAAAUAUGGACAAGAUGCUUUCGGAUUUAUAGAAAAGCCAGAAGUUAAAAGCUUUACUAUUCAAGAAAUGUUUGUGAAUUUUAAUGAAGGAGAAGAAGAAGUUUUAAUGGCUGAGGAGUUUCAGUUGGAUCAAAUUAGAAAAGAAGAAGAGAUUCAUAAGAGUUUUGAUGAUUCACCAAAUUCUAAGGAAAAAUUGUUCUAUUUCUCUUUUUUCAAAAAUGGAAGUGACAUUCAAGAACAUGUACUUGAGACAGAAAAUAAAGAGGAAGCAAAAGCUGAGGUUUUUGAUGAAAAAGAAGCUAAUGAUCAAGAAUUAGCAGAAGAGCAUGUUGAAAGUAUUUGUUGUGAAGAGAAUUUGAAGCAAAAUGAUGAAGUUUUUAGUGAUAAGGAAUCAGAGAAUUUGGAAGAUAUAUGUUAUGAAAUUCAAUUGUUUCCUGAGAAUCAUUCUUUAGGUCGAAAUUCGUUUCAAGGGUCUGAUACUAUUGGAGCUGAGGAUUUCAUUAUAAGUGAAAAAUCAACUUCUGAUGUACAUGUUAAUGGAUUCUUGAAUUCUGAUCAUUUUAUGGAAAAUGAUGACAUGGGGUUUAUAGAAUUGGAAACCUCUUUGCAUAAUUUUAAUGCAAUAGAUACAGAUGAGUUUGUUUCUGAAAAAGUUGACAGAGUUGAAGAAACAGAUAUGAAUUCUGAGGAAGUGAAGUUAAUGGAUGAUUUGCAAGAAUUUCAAGGUCAUAAUUCGAGUCGAAAAUCAUGGGAUACAGACUCAGAUGAAGAUGAUAUCUUAUUGGAACAUCAGAAUUUAGUCAGGCAAAUGAAAAUGGAAAUGAAAAAUUCAAGAAUCACAGGGCUGCCUACUAUAUCAGAAGAUAGUGAAUCUCCUAAAGUAGUAGAAGAUUUGAAGCCACUGAAAAUUGAUGAAAAGAUUGAGUAUAAAGAUUGUAUUGAAGAAAUCCAGAAGUUUUACAAAAGCUAUGCUGAAAAAAUGAGAAAAUUGGAUAUCUUGAAUUAUCAGACCUUGAAUGCUAUCAGUUUCCUUCAACUUAAGGAUUCAGAAGUGUUUAUGUCAAGCAAAAAGUCAUCAAAUUCAAUAACAAAAGCCUUCGCUUUGCCUAGCUUCUUGGCAAACAAACAAAGGAAAAUCUUUGCUGAUCCAGCACAAAAAUCCAUUACUGAAAUGAAUAGAGACUUGGAACUAGUAUAUAUUGGACAAGUUUGCCUUUCAUGGGAAAUUCUUUGUUGGCAAUAUGGUAAAACAAAGGAAUUGCUAGAACAUGAUCCUCAACAGUUUCACACAUACAACCAAGUAGCUGGAGAAUAUCAGCAAUUUCAAGUACUUUUGCAAAGAUUUGUGGAGGAUGAGCCAUUUCAAGGACCUCGAGUCCAAAAUUAUGUCAGGAAGAGGUGCAUGCUCCGUAGCUUUCUUCAGGUCCCGAGCAUUAGAGAUGAUCGUUCAAAGGAAAAGCAAGGCAGAAAUGAAGGGGAAAAAAAUGUCAUCUCCAUAGUGAAGUUGGCGGAAAUUAUUAAGGAAACAAUGCAGGUUUUCUGGGAGUUUCUUCGUGCUGAUAAACGCGAAGCUAAUUUGGGCUUAAAGGGUGUUCAAGGAACUCAAAUGGACACUGCAGAAACCGAGCUUUUUAUGAAUAUCAAAUCAGAUCUUCAAAAGAAGGAGAGGAAGCUUAAGGAUGUACAAAGAAGUGGCAAUUGCAUAGUGAAGAAGUUCCAAAAACAACAAGAAGGUCGAUUAAGCCAUCCGUUAUUCACGUCGCUGGUGGAACUAAAACUGGUAUCAAGAGUACUAAGUUUACCAAGAUUAAGGAGAGAUUACUUAGUCUGGUGCCAGAAGAAACUAAGUAAUAUCAAUGUUGCUGGCAGGAAAGUUAGUAUGGAGCCAUCUUUUUCCCUUUUUCCAUGCUAGGAAAUAUGAGUAUGUUUAGUUUUCACAUGUAAAUGGAAGUCUUCUAGGUUAUAUUAGUACCCAAAAAAAAACUUAUAAUACCCUUACUUCCCCUUUAAAAAGAAGUAGCUAGAGGAGGAGAUAAUUUGGCCUGAUUUUGUAAGGUCAAAUUCAGAAUAAGGAUCAGUGGUUUCCCAUAACUUUUGAAUAUUAGAAUAGCUUUAUGAGAAUGUAUUCCCGCAGAAUUGUUA